GCCCGUAGGCUGUAGCUUCAUGUUGCUUCCUCUUGAUGGAUCGGCUCGGAUCGCCCCGACAACUCUGGCCGACACCACUCCACUCCAUCUCUGAACUUGAUUCCUACCGCAUUGACAGAACACGAGGUCUUACGUCCCAAUCAACUCGCACGAUGAUCGGUCCGGACUCCGGACAGCCGUAGACGGUAGGAUCACUACAUUUGUGGCUUCUUAGCCGUGUCCUAUCUCAGCGUCUUCCCGUUACAUCGUACCUCUUCCGAACGCCUCAUGCAACCUCCAGCUUCGAAAAUGUCUCGUGGGUGUGAGAGAUACCCUCCAAGUCCGCUUCAACUCGGACGCCGUUCUCUGGUACGAAGCAUGUCGUGAUUUACACUGAAUUAAAUGCCACCCCCUUGCUUCCGGGCCCUGGGUCUUCCCAGUUCCAUCUAUAACUCGCCUCGAUUCAUAUCUACAUGUGCUGUCCAGUGUCCCGGUUUUCAUGAUGGACGUAGAGUCAUCAUACGCCGCAACUGUCAUCACGCUGGUGGCGCACGAUGCUCGCCUCGGGCUACCCCUAUUAGCUCUGCUCAGUCUGCUUGGCUGGAGGCUUUACACUUUCACCAUCCUACCAUGGCUUUAUCCCAAUGAUCCAAAGGAGUAUCCAUACUGGAUUCCAGGCCUUGGCCACCUUAGAUCCUUCUUCAAGGACUCCAACAAACUACUCUCGGACGCAAGACUCUACUUCCACGACAGCAGGGAGCCCUUUGCCCUCACCGUCGCCGGCCAAAAAUGGUACGUCCUUCUACGACCCGAGGACGUUACCUCGACAUACAAGAUGGACGAAAGCUCGCUUUCCUACGACAUUUUCGCCGUCGAAGUCAUGCGAAUGGUGGGCAUCACCGAAGAAGGCGUCCGAAAAGCUUUCCAGACCCAGCCUGUCGAGAAAUAUGGCGCCCAGACCGCAGCCACACCUUAUAAGCACUUGGUGAGGCUUUGCAAGGAGUACCAGCUGGUGCAGCUCUCUCCAGGACCCCGACUGGAUCGGUUGUUAGGACAAGCAAUCGGACAGUUCAACCUCCGUCUGGACCUGCAGUCCAUACGCACUUGGGGGGCCGGAUGGUAUGCCAAUUCCACGACCUCUGCCCCGGGCUCCGUCGACGUGUCCCUCUACAAUUGGGUCUCCGAUGUCUUCAUCGAUUUUGGUACCAGGGCAUACUUCGGCGACCUGCUGCAGGACAUUGCGCCUGAUAUUACCCGGACUUUCAUGGCGUUCGACGCACUUUCCUGGCAGGCCAUGUACCAGUAUCCUUCUUUUCUGUGUGGCGAGAUGACCAGAGCGAAAGGGAAACUGCAGAAUGCCAUGGCCGAGUACUUUGCCUCUCCAAAAGACCAGAGAGAGGAUAUCUCCUGGUUCAUAUCGAAGGUGGAGGAGGAGAUGGACCGGCUUGACAUAGCUGCCUCUGACAGGGCCAUCUUUUUCUUCCAGCUAUAUUGGAGGUAUGUCCCCUUUUCGUCCAUCUCUCGCCUCUGUAAAGAAAAGAAGAAAAAAAAAAUCACACCUUUAACAGUGCCUAGCAUCAACGGAAACACGCGAAAAGCCCCCUUCUGGAUGCUCUCCCACCUUCUCUUCAACCCAACCCUCCUCGACCUCAUCCGAGCCGAGACCGAGCCCGCCAUAAGCAAGAACGGCAUCGACCUAUCCCACCUCCUCAACACCCAGACCUGCCCCCACCUCAACAGCGUCUGGGACGAAACCAUCCGCCUCGCCGCCUACGCCGCGUCGGUCCGCUUCCUCGCCCGCGACCUGCAGCUGGGCGGCAAGACGCUCCGCAAGGGCAACCGCCUCAUGAUGCCACAGCGGCAGCUCCAUUUCAGCGAAGAGGCCUUCGGGGCGGACGCCGCGGCGUUCCACCCGGACCGGUUCUUGGAGGACCCGGCGCUGCGGCGGCACCCUUGUCUGCGGCCUUUUGGGGGCGGGGCGUCGAUGUGUCCCGGUCGGAAUCUGGCGAAGCAGGCGACGCUGGCUUUCGUGGCCAUGGCGGUACGGAGAUUCGAGAUGGUGGUAGAGCCGCCUGGUCAGCCUUUUCCUGAGGCGGCGGAGGGGAAGCCGUCGAUUGGGCUGGUUGAUGUGCAGGAGGGGUAUGAUCUCAAGGUGAGGCUCAGGGCGAGGUAGAGACGGGUGGGUGUGUCGGUCAUAUCAAGUUGCAUCCAUGUCCCCUGUUUUUGAUCUCGAGAGAAGUAAAAGUGCCAAUCCAAAGGCCCGGUUGUAAACUCCCAGUGUCCUCUCUCUUUCCUCUGCGUCCAAUCCAGACCUCAGUGCC